CUGUGUAGGUGGGUGAGUAGGGACACUGCUGAAUCCUGACCUGGGUCCUGCUUCUGUGCUGAUCCCUCCCCCAGCUCUGGUCCCAACCCUCCUAACCCUGCGGCCUUAUGCUUUCUGGCCUCCUUGGUCUGCACUUAGUAGGAAAGGUGACCCAAACUACUCACUUUCCCUACUGCUCUUUCUUUGCCUGUUUCUAGACUCCUGACCCUGCUGAGCCUCCUUUUUCCUCAGCUUCCUACCUACCCCUCUUGCCUCUUGCCUUGGGCCCUGCCCCAGUCAUUCCACCCUCGGGGCUCUCACUGGGCUGUCAAUGACCGCUUUCAGUGUAAAGCAUGGUGCUAAGUCCUGUGGGGUCUAGGGGAAUGCAUGGAGGUGUAAGGAGCAUCUAACCUGGCUGACGAGUUACACACAACCAUGAAGAGACCACAUUACUAGGCUGCACCAAUAUACAAGACAAGAAAAAGGGAAAGGUUGUAGUGGUAGAGACAUGCUGAAAAGAAGCCUUCUCUGGUGGAGAAGUCAGGCAAAACUUGGAAAUGAAAAAAUUUGAGGGGACCUGGUUCAUUGAUAAAGUUGAUCCCUCAGUCAACAGCCAGAACUGGGGGUUCUUUGAGAGCUAGGACACCAGUACUGUCUCCAUUUGGGUUCCCCCCAAAGCAGAGUCUGAGUUAAGGACAUGAUACAGGUAAUCCGGUACUCAUUAAAUAUAACUGAACAGAACUUCAGAGACCUGUGGAAUAAUAUUAGAGAUCAAACAGAAGUGUAACGGAAGUCCCAGAAGAAGAGAAGAAAGUCAGAUGGAAAAGGACAAGAACCAUAUGAUUUCACUCAUAUGUCGGAUAUAAAACAGGAAGCAACAAACAAACAAACUCAGACACAGCAACACAGUUUGGGAAGCAGGAGUGAGAGAAGAGAGGGAAGAGGAAAGCCAAUAAGAGCAUGAUUGCACUCCUUCAGUAGGCAUCAGGAAUGUCUAAGAAGUGCACAGAAUGAGAAAGGAGGCAUUGACGCUCCUGUACACACUUGUAGCCUGCACUUGCCAGGAGGCAGACUAGCUGCCAAAGCUGCAAACGAGACUUCUGGGCAGGAAAGCAGAGACUCGCAUUCAAGUGAGUUCAUUGUCAGUGAGAGUCUGAGCUUCCACACAACUGUCCAGCACAACUGCAGCUGAAAUCAGGGAUGGGACAUGGAGCUCCGGAAGCUAAAUUCCUGAUGCCAUCAGAGGACACUCCCCCUUCCCUCUUCACAUCUCCUUCAUGCUUAUUAAGUGGCCAAAGGAGAAAAGUGAGAAAUGCAGAGUGGCUGAAGCAGGCAGUUCUGCAGAAUUAAAUUAGGGAAAUGUUGAGCCAUCUGCUCCCCUAGACCACGAAGGAAAGAGCAGGAAAGCAAGAAGUUCCUUGCCACAGGAUCCUGGCGGUCCAUGGAUCAGGACCCAUCCUCUUCUACGCCCCACCCAGACACACUGCCUCACCUCCCAUUUCUCCAAGCCCUGCCCAUGAUCUCACCCUCAGCCCCGCCUCCCUUUUCCUAAUGCGGCAGUUUAUGGAGUUUUCAGUAGGUGGCAGCAUGUACAGCACAAGUCACAUACUGUAGCUUCUAUACCUAGAAAUGCCCUCCGUACAAAGACAAUCGCCAUCCUCUUACGUAGUUACCAUUAACCCUCACAUCACAAGCUGCCACCAGAGACAACAUCCACACAAAGCUUCCCCGGCUUCUGCCUGGCAACUCUGGGCCUUAAUCCUUCUCCCAGGACCCCAUCUAGGCCCCUCCUCUUCUCCCUCCCCUGGGACUUUGCCCUUCCUACAGGCCCUCCAGGGGGCCAGAGUCCGGCUUGACUCAUCCUCCACCUCACUGGGGCUGAGGUCCCAGCUCUGUAACAGUAAACAUCACUUCAGCCCAGCACAGCGGAGAACAACCCAGCCCAGAAUUUUUCUGCUCUUUCCCUACACCAUGGAGUACCUCUCUGCCCUGAGCCCCAGCAGCCUGGUCAGGUCAGUAUCCAAUAUGAGCUCUGAGUUUGGCCGUAGGGUCUGGACCUCAGCUCCACCACCACAGCGACCUUUCCGCGUCUGUGAUCACAAACGGACCACGCGGAAAGGUCUGACAGCUGCCACCCGCCAGGAACUGCUAGACAAGGCACUGGAGACGCUGCUGCUGAGCGGAGUGCUAACCCUGGUGCUAGAGGAGGAUGGGACUGCCGUGGAGAGCGAAGACUUCUUCCAGCUGUUGGAGGAUGACACAUGCCUGAUGGUGCUGGAGUCUGGGCAGAGCUGGAGUCCCAGCAGGAGUGGGAUGCUGUCCUAUGGCCUGGGCCGGGAGAAGCCCAAGCACAGCAAGGACAUCGCCCGCAUCACCUUUGACGUGUACAAGCAAAACCCUCGAGACCUCUUUGGGAGCCUGAACGUCAAAGCCACAUUCUAUGGGCUCUACUCCAUGAGUUGUGACUUUCAAGGACUUGGCCCGAAGAAAGUACUCAGGGAGUUGCUCCGAUGGACCUCCACACUACUGCAAGGCCUGGGCCAUAUGCUGCUGGGAAUUUCCUCUACCCUUCGCCAUGUAGUAGAAGGAGCUACACAGUGGCAGCAGCAGGGUCAUCUCCAUCACUACUGAGAAGGGGCUCGGAGCUUCUGCCCCUGGAGAUGGCUGUAGGGACUGUGACAACAUCCCGUUUAGGGACCCGCAGAUAGUGCAGACUAGAUAACUCACCUGGUUUUCCCACUGCCCUCUGACCCCAUCAGCAUAGUGCCUUACACCCCUAGCCUAUACCCAUUCCUGAAGAAUGCUGUCCCUUCUUAACCAUCUUUUCAGCCUCCCACCUACCCUGAAAUCCACAACCUUGCCCCAGGCAUCUUGAUAGCACUCUGAUUGCUGCUGCCUCUAGAGUUCCUACAACUCCUCCUCUCCCUGAGCUCCCCAGAGCACUGAAGACAGCCCUCUUGAACUUUACCUUGAGAUCUCUAUUUCUCCAUACCUUUCCCCCCCAAGAAUAACAAAGACAUUUCCAAUACAAAUAUAAAAAUGUUUACCAAUAAAACUUUUGACUUCAA